UUCUACCUGCUGUGUGUGUCACUCACUCACUGCCAUUAGAGAGAGCUCAUCUAAACAAAGUGAAAAUGGGCACCCGAACCGGGUCUCACCAGCUAAGCAGCGGGCUUAUGGUGUCGGGUCGACCCGAACGCCAGCCCACAGAACGGCCUCGGAUGGCGUCGCGCACCGUCAUCUACACCGGCGGCGACGUCAGGAAAUCUGGCGAGCUCGGGAGAAUGUACGGCGUCGAUAUUUCCGGUGGAGAAAACCCGCCUAAAAUCCCCCCUCGACCACCAGGCGCCGCCGCCGCAAGAUCCGGCCCAAUUCACGCCCCGAAAUUCCCCAAUUCAGGUCCCGCUGGAAAGUUCUCGUCGUCUUCGUCGUCCUUUUCUGGCCCGGUGACGCCGAUUCAGCCGACCGGCCUAAUCACUUCCGAUCAACAGGCCACGCCCGGCUCAAAUAGGCAGUCGGGACCGCUCGACGCCGCCGCCGCUGCGUCGACGCCUAGCUCGUUUAAAAAGGCCAAUUACAGCUCCGCAGUGACGAGCCUGGGGGGACAGGUCAAGUUAGGGUUUAGGACAUCGCUGGUGGCAAUGUGGGUGUCUCUGGCCGUGGCGGUGAUUGGCCUGACGGUGGUGGCAUUACUGAUUGCUGCUGUGGAGAAGAUGGUGAUUUUGGCGGUGGCGGUGACGGCGCUGGUCCCUGCCGUGGGGAUCAUGGUGUGGAAUUUCACGUACCAAAAAAAGGGGGUUUUAGGGUUAUUGAGGAAAUUUCCUGAUUCGGAGCUGAGGAAUGCUGUUGAUGGCCAGUUCGUCAAGGUCACUGGGGUUGUUACUUGUGGCAGUUCACCGCUUGAAACUUCGUAUCAGAGAGUGCCAAGAUGUGUAUAUGUUUCCUCUGAGUUUCACGAAUAUAGAGGGUAUGGUGGAGAAAAGGCAAAUGCUAAACACCGUCUCUUCUCUUGGGGAUGCAGGAACUCAGAGACCUAUGUGGCGGACUUCUAUAUAUCGGACAUUAAGUCUGGUGAAAGAGCUCUUGUGAAAACAGGUUAUGGUGCUAAAGUUUCUCCGUUUGUCAAACAAACUGUAGUUGUCAAUGCCAAGGAAGAUAAAGAAGGUGUAUCCCCAAAUUUUCUGCAAUGGCUUUCUAGCCGUGGAUUGUCAAGUGACAACCGUUUGAUGCAGCUUAAAGAAGGAUAUAUCAGAGAAGGAUACACCGUGAGUGUCUUGGGUGUGGUUAGACGUCACAAUAACAUGUUCAUGAUUGUUCCCCCAGUGGAACCCGUUUCAACAGGCUUCGGUUGGCGCUGCUGCCUCUUCCCGACUUACAUUGAUGGCCUUAUAUUGAUAAACGAAGAACACGAUGAGGCCAUCCCUGUAUAAAUGCAUCACCAUGUUUUGUCUUAGCCGGCAACAUAGUAUACUCAUGAAUUUUUUAGAUGAGUUUGGCAUUGAUUCUUAAAUGAGGAUUCCAGAGUUUACAAAGCCAGGACCGGCUAGAUAGACGUAGGCCUCUUAGAGCAUUGCACUAACUUUUUUCAUUUAUUCGUUUAUUUAUUUCGCUCGAAUUGUACAUAAGAAAUACUCCUGGUUAUUUGUUUGCACUAAUUUAUUAUUCGUUUUUCACUCGA